CUCUCUCUCUCUCUCGCACUCAACAUGGUUCACGAGACGUCGGAGCCCAAGGAGAUCACCAUCGAUGGGCGCAUCUACGAUGUGUCGUCGCUCGAGGGCAAGCACCCGGGCGGUGGGGUGUUCAAGUUCUACUUUGGCAGCGACGCCACGGUGGCCUUCAACGAGUUCCAUGGCCGCUCGCCGCGUGCCUACAAGUGGCUCAAGACGCUCAAGUCGCGGCCGGCUACUCAGCCGCUGUCGCCGCUUGAGCGCGACUUCCGCAUCUUCCGCCAGCAACUUGUGGACGAGGGCUACUUUGAGCCUUCGUACAUCCACCUUGCCUACCGCUUCGCCUUUCUCUUCUUCUGCCACUGGGUGGCCUUCAAGCUCAUGUUUGCCGAGUGGUACUUUACGGCUGCGCUCUGUCUUGGGUACGCCGGUGGGCACUGCGGGUGGCUCAUGCACGAGUUUGGGCACGGGUCCGGCACCGGGUACAUGUGGCUCGACCGGCGGAUCCAGGAGUUUGUGUACGGCGUGGGCGACGGGAUGUCGGCUGGCUGGUGGCGGUCGCAGCACAACCGGCACCAUGCGAUGCCGCAGCACCUGGAGCAUGACGUGGACCUGAAGACGCUGCCGCUGGUGGCGUUCCACGCUGAGAUCGCCAAGAAGGGCAACCCGUUUUGGCUCCGCUUCCAGGCCUACCUCUUCCUCCCGGUCGUCACUCUGCUCGUCACGCUCGGCUGGCAGUUCUUCCUCCACCCGCGCUACAUGAUCCGCAAGGGUAAGUGGGCUGAGCUCUUCUACCUGGCAGUCCGCUACGGUGGCGUGGCGUACUUUGUCCUCCCGCAUCUCGGCUUGGCCAAGACGCUCAUGAUGUACAUCGGCGGCGCGCUCUUUGGCGGCAUGUACAUCUUCACCAACUUUGCCCUCUCGCACACCCACAAGCCGGUGGUCCACAAGGGCGAGACCAAGGACUGGAUUCGGUUCUCUGUCGAGCACACCACCAACAUUUCGCCGGGCAACUGGUUCAUCACCUACUUUGUCAUGACCCACCUCAACCAGCAGAUUGAGCACCACCUCUUCCCGCAGAUGCCGCAGUACCGGUUCUUCAAGCUUGUGCCGCGCGUCCGCAAGUGGGUCGAGGACCACGGCCUCGAGUACGACACGCGCGGCUACUUUGAGACACUGUGGGACACGCUCCGCAACCUCGAUGAGGUCGGCAAGUCGGCCGGCGAGCACGCCCACAAGGAGUAAUUUUGUAAACAGGCUUCACCCUC